UCUGUCACUGAAGCAGAAUAGUUUCUGUUCUGUAGGUAGAAAUAAUAUAUGUAAGGCUUUUAAGCAAAAUUUUUUAAUUUUGAUUUACGUACACUUUUUUUUCAGUAUGAAGAUUACUAUAAAGUCUAUAUAUUUUUGGGAAUGUGGAUUCCACAGCUUCUUCUUUUUUUAUUUUUUGCACUGAAGUAAACAAGUUCUACCAGAUUAUGACAUUUGAUGAAUGACAUGUAAUAUUUCUGGUUUUUGACAAGCUUGAUCAAAGCUGGAUUAAGACUUUGAGAUGCACUAAGCACUUAGAAGAUUUUGCUGCCUCCACAUAAAUUUACUCCAUAACUGCACCAUACAUUCCAUGGUGAAACUGGCAUUGGGAAAUUUUUGUGGUGCCCCCUUUCCUGAGCAUGAGUCCCUGAGCAUGUUUUUGCAGUGUGCCUUGUUUUUGAUGCCUUGAACACAUGCUUAUUUUGCUUAAUGUGUUCAGAUGAAAGAUUUUCAUCAAGAUGAACAGAGAUACUGGAGCUACGUCUCAGAAUUCUCAGUUACCAACUUCUAAUGCUAGUUCCAUGCCAACUGCUGCUAUUGAGAUACAACAUGGGAAUGAGUCCAUUGCAACUAUUGUGGAAGAUUCUAAUAAUAACACUUCUUUACUUGAUAGAGAACAGACAAGUGAUAUUCCAACUAAUACAGAAAGCAACAGUUCUCAGAAUUCUCCUGCGAUUCGAGAAAUCCAUAAAAAUAGCUGGUUGAAAAGAAUGCCUUGUGCGGAUCGUUGGUCUGGGAGAUUUCCAAAGGCACAAAAACCAGAGAAGUUUUGGGUUGUAUUCUGCGUUCAUGAUGAUAAAGAAGCAUUUCUUGAAUUUUAUGAAAACAGGCGAAGUGCAUAUUCACAUAUGCCUCUUUCAAAUAUUUCAUUAUCAAAAUGUUUACAUAUAUCUCCAACAAUUGUAGCUCAAGAAAAUGAUCAUGAGUUUGUUGUCACACUUGAAACACAAGUUGUAAGAUUAGCAGCUUCAACAAAUGAUCAGAUGUUGGAGUGGAUGGACACCAUGCGCACAAAACUUCGAGAACUUGGUAUCCUAGAGCCUAAAGACAAUUUAUAUAGCAAGGAACCCAUUACUUCAGUGAGAUCAGUGUCUUCUGCUUCAGAAAAUACAUCUUUUGACUUCCAAGCUCGUGAAGAUUUCAGUCGCUUGUCUCUUAGAGAUCCUAAUUCUCCAUUACCACCUGUUCCUGGAAGUACCUCUGUAUCAUCUGAAAGUUCUAAUUCAGCAGUUGUAUACAUUAGGAAUCCACCCAAUCUUCGAGCCUCGACACAAUACUGUAGUCCCUCAACUGUAGUUAGUCCAUCAUCUGGUUCAGAACAGCAUCCUUCAAUUCUACACAUAGAAACAGCAUCUUCAUCUUUGCAGUCUGUGCCAGAAAGUGUCUUUAAUUUUGAUGUAUUGCAGGGAUUAGAGCAAAAUCCACGUACUAUAUCUCGAAGUAACAGUUUAGCAUCUGAAGAGAGUUCUUCUCCUAUUCCAUCACCCCUUCAUACUUCAACAGAACAGAGAGUAUCCUCAGUUCCAAAUACACCCUUGUCAGAUCAGACUUCAUUGUAUGAACCUUUAUUUUAUUCUCCUUCCUCAAACAUAAGUAUAAGUAUUCGGAAUCCGAAUUAUGAAAAUCCGCCUCCUCCUCAGAGACGAGGUACAUCAACUCCAACUCCAGCCUUGCCCCCAAGACCUAGUAAUGAUCAACGUAGAAUGUCUACAUCUGUUGCCAGUGAUAUUCAAAAUGUGCAUUCAACUACCAGGACUAGCAAUUUAAAUACUUUGACAUCAACUUCUGAUCCAUCUUUGCAUGCAUCUUCUCAGAUUGGAUCUUCCAUUAAUCCUGUUCAAUCUUCUCAGAUAACAUCCUCACCAACUGGAUUACUGAGGAUACAAGCCCAUCUAGAACAUGUUCGAAAUAUUCCUGAGAAUAGUCGUCACUUACCUUCAGAAGAAGGACCACCUCCUUAUAAUGGAGCAUUGCCACAAUUACGUAAUAUGCAGCAUAAUGGUUCCCUAAAUAAUACUGCAAUACCUGUUGAUGAGAAUGGAAAACCGCUUUCAUUGCGAGAAGUUCAAGUCCAAAAGUUGCAAUCAGAAAUAUUUCAUAAAAGUGGUGUAAGGCUUGUAUUACGGAAAAAGGAUUGUGUUAACGCUAUUGCUCUAGUUGAAUGCUUUAAUUCAGUUUGGGUAGCUGGUUGGAAACAGAAAGAACAUCCUUUGCUUCAUAAUACAUUUCAUGUAGGGGAUCGUAUAAUAAGUAUAGCUGGUCAUAGAAUACUCUCUGUGCAAGAUGCUCAUAAAGCAAUAAAACAUCAGCCAUCAAUUGUUGAAUUUAUAGUUCGAAGAGUUCCACGUGGCAGGGUUUUAGCUAUCAGGAGAGAAUAUGAGGGUCAAGAUUUAGGCAUAAUCAGAGAAGGAGGUACAGCUGAGAUAAAAGAAGUUAAACCAGGUGGAUUAGUAUUUCAUCAUGGAUUAUCUGCAAAAGCAUCUACAUUUGAUGGCAACUCAUUAUGCAACUGGGUACUGACUGAAAUUAAUCAUCGACCACUUAAUUUAUUUUUUAAAGACAAUGAGGUGCAAGACAGAUUAAAUGCUGUUGGCCUCGACAUUUCUAUCUUAGUCCAACCUUUGGACUUGGUAAAAGCUUUGAAAAAACAACUAAAAUCUAUUCGUAGCUAUAAAGAUUAUAUUGUACAGUAAAUAUUUGAAGAAGUUGGUAACUAUUGAUUAAUCCAUCAGACGUCUGUGUUUAAAACAGUCUUUUUUUUUCUUGGGGGGGGGUUAUAAUUUUUUUAAACACUACUUAAUAAUCUGAAUUUGAAAGACUUACUGAAAAUCCAUUCUGAUUAUAAAACACCCACAAUGUUUGCAAACGUUAAUUGUAAAUCCACAAUGUUUGCAAACGUUAAUUGUAAAUAUUUUAACAGGAAAUUAUUGUAUGUAAGAAAUUAUGUUUUAACAGGAAAUUAUUGUAUUUUAUUUUAAAAUGCACAUAUCACUUUUAUCAAUGAGUGCUAUGUUUUUUGUUUUUAGGUAGAAUGCAUCUGUGAAAAAUAUCAGUCUGAAGUACUAGUAUGUAAAUUCAUUUGUUAAUGGUGUUUCAGAAUGUACUACAUUCUUGAAACAAAAACAUUUUCAUGUGCAACAUAGAAUCGUAUUCUUGUGGCUUUUACAUUUGUCUGUUUAAUAUUCUUUUGGUAAUGGUAAUAUGGCUGUUGGUCAGUGAAGUAGUAGUGUUCGGAAAAUUUUAUUUUGUAGUAUUUUAAUGUUUAGCAAUGGAUCUAUUUUCCAAAUAUUGAUUUAAAAAUUAAAAUAAUUGAAAAUUUUAAACUAAUUUCUAUCCAUGCGAAUCAUUUUAUUUCAAUGAAUUUAUUUCCACAAAAAUGCAGUUAUGUUUUAGAAAAAUAUAUUUACUUCUUUUUGAGUACAUUAAGCCUUUCUAUAAUUAGCUUUGAGCAUAAGAAAAAUUAACUCUAGUCUUGAGAAAAUAAUAUCUAUUAGACAUUCAAAUAAUAUAAAUUUCAGAAUAUGAAAAUUGCAGUUUGCAGAUUGAAAAUUGUAUUGCACUUUUAAAUCUUUUAUAUAAACUGAGAAAUGGAGGGGGGGGGUCUGUAUGGCACUGAGCGAAAAGAAGUUGCAAAUUAUAUGUAUAUUAAUUCUUAAUGAGAGAUGCAUAGUGAUUAAGAAUGAUAACUAAUUGAAAAAAUUAUGUUAGUGACCCAAUUUAACUAUGAAAGUUUUAGCAACUUAUUUUUUACAACACAUUGAAGUUUUCUUAACCCUUGAAAUGCAACUAAAAAUCACAGCUUUCUUCCUCAUAAAAUUUCAGAUUUUUGUCACAUAAGCAAUGUGAUCACUGAGUUAGGAAUGGGAUUUGAUUAAAUUAUGUUUAAUACAUUGUACAGUAUGAUUAUCCUGGAUAUUUGAAAAAAUUGCAUCAUAGAGUAUCUUUUAAAUGAUUGAUUGUAAAUCCUACUUCCUGUUCAUUAACUGCCAUUAAAGGAAUGCCAUGAAAUUAGGUGAAUUUUGAUGUAAAAGUUUUUUUUUAAUAAAAAGUAUGCAAAAUUGAAAUUUUUACAUAGGAUUGCUGUAAAGAAAUUUUGUAAUUAAGUUCUUUCUUAUCCUACUAUAUCUUUUAGAAUAAUCUCUUUAUAAUAUAUGAAAUCAGACAUACAGCCAAGUGUCAAAAUUACAUUACUUAAACCACUUUUUCAAAAAACCUGCAAGAAACUGAUUUAGGGUUGUAGAAAAAGUGAAUAUUCUUAAAUAUCUAAAUUCCAGUUUAAAAUUUGCCUUUUUACAAAUACUUGUUUGUAUCCAGUGCUUCAAAAUGAAUGUCUUUAUAAUGUAAAAUGUAUGGGUCAUCCAGACAGUUCUGUAGUUUUUUUAUGAUAAAUACAAAACGUAAGAAACGUAAGAAAAAAUUGAUUGAAUCACAUAAGCACCAUUUUGUUCUAUGACCCUUUGCCAUCCCUCUGGCAGCUGGAAAAUUCUUUUUUUUUUUACUUAUGGAGAUCUAUAUUAAAAAUUUGUUUUGUGUAUUUUCAUUGAAACAUAUCGUGACCAUAAUAAUAAUUAAUGUAGUUUGAAGGCCUAACUUAUUUGAUUGAUUUCCAAACUGGAACAAAUCACAAUCUAAUAGAACAAAUAAAAGAUAUGUUUAGUCACGCUAACUUUUUGAAAAAUCUUGUACAAGAUUUUAGACUUUUUGAUAAAUUAGAAAUAAUUUGUACAGUUUCAAGUUUAAACAAAACUGUUGUGGUUAUUGUUCAUAAAAAUCAUUUACAAAAAGCUCAUGAUCCCAUAAUUUAUGUAGUCUUAAAUCCCCAUCAUCUAUUACUUUAUUUAUACUCAUCUAAUACAGGAAAAAGUUUUAAGAGCAUACUGCUUAAAAGGAAAAUGUUUGCAUAUUACUAAUUUUUAAUAGGCAGCCCAUUAAGCAUUCUUAUGUUGAGGAUUAUUACGGCAGAGAAUGUUUUGAAACUGCUAGUAAUAUUUAAUUAUUUACAAAUAAUAAUCUGUAGUUUGAAUCUAGUCUUAUAUUGUGUUCCAAUGGUUCAUUAGCAGAUCUAUACUCAUAUUAAUCUAUGAGUUAAUCAAGAAAAUUAACUAAUAAUCUGGAUUCUACUUAGACCUUGAACUCGACAUUCAUGCUCUAUGUAGUUAGGCUACUUACGCAUUGAACUGGAUUUAGAUAAUUUCUAAUAAAAAAUAAAUUUAAAAAAAAAAAAAAAAAAGACUCGGAACAAUUUGACCCUGAUCUUGUAACCUAGUGCUGUAACUAUAUGAAUUCAUUGCAUAAAAUUCUUUAGCCUCUUCUGUUCAAGAUGGGCAUGUUCUGCCUGAUUUCAACAACAGUAGAGAAGUCUUCUUUACUUCUUACUUUAGUCAGAUUCCAAUGUAAUGACCUGAGCCAUAAGUGAGAUAUGAAUGCAGCCUGUAUGGCUGUUACUUUGCUGCCUAUAUGGCUAAACUACUCUUAUCUACCUAGUCUACUUUGAGUAAUUUUUGGUAAAAAAAAAAUGAGACUAAAUCAUGACAACAUGACUUGUUGACUUAAUCUGUUGGAUGUGCCUUUUGUAAUAGGAUACCAAUUUUCAUGUUAUGAGAUAAUGCAGUUUUACUGAUUAAUUUAUAUUUAUUUAAUGUAAUCAUGCAAUACAAUGACAAAAAAUAUGUCUUUACUCAUGUUAAAAAUGGAGAAUAGUAUAUAAUACAUUAAAUGUAAAAUUAAUAAUUGCUUCAAGGGAAAAUAUUUUUUUGCAGAACGAUUACUAGAAAACUUUUCUUUUUCAGUAAUGAUGUAUCUUUAAUUGUGAAACAGCAUUGUGAUGGAAUAAUAAAUUUAUAUUGUAGUAUAUAAAUUGCAACAAUUUUUCCCUUUUUAAUAUCUGCAAUUUUUUUUGAGGGGGAAAAAUUCAUAAAGAAUAAGUAGAAAUUGCAUAUAUGAAUUUCAUUGACUCAAGAAGCCAAAUAGAACUUAAAAUUAAUACAAAAAAUAUAAAGAAUGAUAUUAUCCUGAAUUUCAUUCAGUGUAUUAAAAAUAAAAUAGGAAUUUAUUGCCGUACAAGUUGAUUACCAUAACGAUCAACAAUAAUUUUUUUAACAUUUAAUUUCACUAUUUAUGGAGUUGAGAGCAACGUAAUAAGUUUAUCACUUUGAACUAAAUUGCUAGUUUAUUAUUCAGAUUUACAAACUCAACAUCAGUUAGAAUGUUGCUAAAAAUUUAAACAAUUACUUGUAUGUACUGAAGUCUUUCUAGUGUAUAAAAAUGCGGUAGUUAUAGUUAAGUAGUAAUAGUAGUAUGUAAAAAUAAUCUGUUAUAGUGGUAAAAAUAUUUUUGGCUUUAUAUAACUAGAAAAUGAUAUAUUUUUAUUAUAUAAGUAUAUUGAGGAGUUAAAAAUUUUGAGCGAACUUUGUUAUGCAAUAAAAUUAUCUAUUAUGAAUGUCUGAAUAAUUCAUAUUUUAAUAAAUUCCAUCAGCAAUUUUAUAAAAAUUGCAUUUUGUAUGGGGGAUUUUUUUUCUGUGAUCUACAAAGUAUAAUUAAUUCAGACAUUAAAUUUAUAUAUGUGAAACUGUUAUGUGUGUGAAGUGAAGAAGGCAAAUUUUUCACGUAUUGUAUGUUCUUCACCUGUUGAGAAUCUUUUGUAUAAAAUUCAUCAUUUCUAUAAUCUUGUUAUAAAAGUGUGUAAUAUAUCAAAUUCUUAUUGCCUGAUAAAAAACUAGUAGCAAAAUUCAAUAUAUGUAUGUAUAUAUGAAUACAUAGAAUGAAGUAUUUUAAGUGUUAAAACACUGUUUGGAUAUUGAGUUUACAAAAAAUUUGUUAAAGUUUUUUUUGUACAUAUAACCAUUUUUAAUAUUGUAACUACUUAUCUGUUCAUUAUAUAAUUUAAUAGAUUUAAUAUAUUUAUAUUUUUAUGGAACUAUAUUAUUAAUGAUAUUAAGUGCCAAAUUUCUAUAAUUUCAAACAAUGAAAAUUAAAUUCAGCAACUAAAAAUGCUUUUUUUUUGUAUAAUUUAUUACUUAUAUUUUUGCAUCCAAAUUUAUUCCAGCUAUUAUAAAUAAUCUCUCAAAAUUUAAUUUAUAUUUUGCAUACAAAUAAUACAGUAUUUUUUCCAAAAUGCUAUGGUACAUCAUCUGGAUUUCAUUUGCAGUUACCUUGAUAUAUAAUUUUUUAAUAUAAUUUUGACAAGCCCCAAUUUGAUGUUAUUAAAAAAAAAAAAAAAAAAAAAAAAAAAAAAAAAUACUUCAUUUACCUACAUAAAAUUUAAAGUUACAUUUAUUUCAUUGAACAAAAUGCUAAUUUUGAAUGCACGCACACAUAAAGCUUGUGUAAUUAUUAAAAAAAAAUCUACACAUAAUAUAAUUGUAGGCUUUAUGCUGACUUUCCAUUUGAUAAGGCAUGUUAAAAUGAAAUCCAUCUCAAUUUUAUGGUUAUUAAAGAUAACUGCAAACUUAACUAAUAUUAGAUGAAACUAAUUCUUUGGCUGACAGAAUUCCCAAAAUUAUAGUCUGUUACUUUAAAAUGGGAAUUUCAAGGCCCUUUUCCCUCCCCUUACUUCAUUUCUGUUCAGCUUCAUGAAAUUUGACUUGAACUGCAGCUUCAGAUGAUAUGAAGAAUAUUAAUGCUGUAUGGUGAAGAUGACGCAAGUUAUGAUCACAGAUUGGGGGGUAGGGUCCUGCCAACAGCUUCAAAGUAAGAGAUUAUAGCAUAUAACUUUUCAUAAUAUGUUAAUAUUAGUGACAUAAUUGGGGAGGGAACCACACGGCAGAUUUUAGACAUUAGUUGAAAUUAAGGGUUGUAAAUUUUCAAUACGAUUAAACUAGGAGCAGCUGGCCACUGAUACCACAAAAAGUCUAUAAAUUUAAAGAAAUAUUGAACAUUUUUUUAGUAAAAUUUUUAUCAUAUCUGUAAAACCAUUAAUACUUUUUAAUAAUAUUAACAUCUGGUACAAUUUUGAUAUAAGAAAAACAUUUUUACUUGUACUGUAUUUACAAACAGCUAACAUUUUAAUGUGUGUUUUUCAGUGUGACACUCAUCUUCGAAGUCUUAAUUAAGUUGGGGGGGGAAAGAUACAUGUUAAAGAAAUAUUUAACGCUUACAAUACAAUUUAUCAUUAUGAGCCAAAUAAUCUGUUUAAAGGUAGCUCUUGUGUGCUUUGCAUUUUAAUUAGCCUAACAUUAAAAAAAAAAUACUUUUUGUUUUUUCCUUUUAUAUGUAAAUUAUUUUCUGAGGAACUUAAAUUUCAUAAUUUGUAUUCCUUUUUAGUUGAUAUGAAAAGCAUGUACUAAUAUUUAAAUUAUUUUAUUCCAAUUUAUGUAUUUUUUAAAUAAAUUUUUAUUAGUAAA